GUUCACGUAUCCAGUCCUCUCCUUAUUUCUUCCAACCUCAGAUCGUAACAAAAUGAUGCUUCUGCUACGCCUCCGUUUAGCCGGGAUCAUCAUCGCCACCACCCAAAACUGCGGUUGCUCCCCCGACCUUUGCUGCAGCAGCUGGGGCUACUGCGGCACCGGCAACGACUACUGCGGCGCCGGGUGCCACUCCGGGCCGUGCGAGGCUUCUCCUCGCCCCGACGACGUCCCCGUCGCCCGUAUCGUGACGCAGAGCUUCUUCGACGGGAUCAUCAGCCAGGCCGACAGAGGAUGCGCUGGCAAGAGUUUCUACAAGCGCGACGCCUUCUUGACCGCGGCCAGCUCCUACACGAGUUUCGGCCACGUCGGGACGACCGACGACUCCAAGCGGGAGAUUGCCGCCUUCUUCGCGCACAUCACGCACGAAACCGGGCAUUUCUGCUACAUAGAAGAGAUCGACGGCGCAUCGAGGGACUAUUGCGAUGAGGCCAACACCGAGUACCCAUGUGUCUCGGGGAAGAGCUAUUACGGCCGCGGCCCCAUUCAGCUGUCAUGGAACUAUAACUACGGCGCUGCCGGCGAAAGCAUCGGGUUCGACGGACUCAGAUCACCGGAAACCGUGGCCAUCGAUGUCGUCGUCUCCUUCAAGACUGCAUUAUGGUUUUGGAUGAACACCUGCCACUCGCUCAUAACUUCCGGCCAGGGUUUUGGAGCCACUAUUAGAGCAAUCAAUGGCGAUUUGGAGUGCGAUGGCAAGAACCCGGCGACGGCGAAUGCUCGUGUUGGAUACUACAAGGACUACUGUAGCCAGCUUGGCGUCGACGCCGGCAGUGACCUCACUUGCUGACUGCUUCUCUGGUGCAUCUACACAACACACACACAACGAGCACAAGUAAUCUUGGGAGCAAUCGACACUGUGCAUGGUAUAAAUGGAUAUCUCCAUACUCUGCUUCUGAGAUAUUUGGUGAGAUGUUUUGGACCAUCUAACCAUCUUCCUACAAAAGCAGAUCACGACUGCAAAAGCCAAAUCACAACAAUAGAGGGAUGGGAGUCCUGUGUUCCAGUGAUCACAUAUCGGAACUUACCUACUUCAAUGUUUGCAGCAAGCUUCAGUCAGUGGUGCUUAUUUGAGAAGAGUCCUGUUUGGGGAUGAUACUACUGAUUUCACUCUUUUUGCAUGAACUGAGGCAUGAAUGGCUCCUUCCCUAAGAACUAGAAGUCUUUCUGCAAUCUUAACCAUGACAAUACAGCUCCAGUUGAUGAAGUAUUUUACUGUUUCUUUCGUUUUACAUGAACCAAGGAAAGAACUAGUGUUAUAGUGCAACUCCAGUUCGAGAAACAUUUCACCAAUUUCUUUCUUUUUGCAUGAGCAGAGAGAUGAAUGAUUCAACACCUAAACUAGUUUGAGUUGUUGCUAAAAUCUUAGCUAUUGCAAUGACAGCUCCAGCAAGGGAAAUAUUCUACUGGUUUCUUUUAUUUUGGAUGAACUAAGAGAUA